AUGUCUUCCUCCAUCAUGUAUACUCAGUCCAACACCAGUGUCCUCAACCACAACGGGGGUACUCAACUCGAGAUCGCUGUUAUCGAAUCGACCAUGAUGCUACAAGAUUACGAUAGCAAAAAGAAGAAACGGGUGCGUCGCGUGCUUACAGUCUUUAAUGUCAUCAUCGAGGAUCAGUUACUGCACAAGUCGCUUGUACGCUAUCUACCCGAUUUCAUCGAUUUCGAUAGAAAGGUCAAGAAGUAUUAUCGCAAAUCAAAGAUCUCAUUGCCACAACUUGUCGAGCCCGAUUUACGUCUCUAUGGCACCGGCAAAAAAGCAAGUAUACGUGCAUUCCUACAUCGGCUUUCUCGACGACGAUCCACCAAGCCAAAUUCCGAAAAGAUUGAGACGUAUUUGAAGCGAUGUGCGUUGGAUCCAGUUAUUGGCAAAUCAACAUUGUUUCGCGACUUUUUGACAAAGCAACGACCUGAAGAUACCGAAUUUGUACGCAGCCCUGUUACUACAGCAGAUGAUAUUUCCCUCACACAAAAUAAUGAUGCCAUUAUUUCAGCCCCACCAGCACCAUCAUCAUCAUCACGACCACUACAAGAAAAGGUUCCUUCGGCGGCGCCUAUGAUGGAUAGCGUCUCCGAUAUUGUAAUGGAAGAUGUCGGCCCCGAAUACAGUGUCCCGUCAUCAUCCAGGAUUCCAAUUGACCAUCAACAACAACAACAACGCACGUCAUCCUAUUCAUCAUUCGACACAUAUCCAUCAUCAUCAUCAUCAACAACAUCAUCCCACAUGAGAGUAGUGCAACCAUCUCAAAGGGGGGAGAGUGAUUACAACGAGGAUACCAUUUCAAAAGAGCGGCACCAUGUUCCCACGAUACAAGAUUACCGAUUUCUGCAAGUGCUUGGUCGCGGAUGUAUGGGCAAGGUAUUAUUGGUGCAAUCCUAUCGGUCACCUCGACGCUUACUGGCUCUCAAGGCUAUUAGCAAGGAAAAUGUGGUGCUACAGCGUGAGAUUGUGCAUACAAAGAUGGAACGGGAUAUUCUUACGUCAAUCGCUGAAAUACGACAUCCUUUUCUCGUCCGACUACAUUGUGCGUUUCAAGAUGCAGACCAACUAUUUCUGGUUCUUGAUUAUCAUCGUGGAGGUGACGUUGCAACCCAGCUUGCGAGACAUCGAGUGUUUUCCCCAACACGUAGCCGAUUGUAUGCUGCUGAGAUUUUGUUGGGAUUACAAGAGCUGCAUAGCUUAGGCAUCGUUUACAGGGAUUUGAAACCUGAAAACAUACUAUUGGAUGCUGAUGGGCAUGUUGUUCUCACUGACUUUGGUUUAUCAAAGCAAUUCGAACCAGCCAUUGGAUUGGAUAAUCAACGCACCGGGACCUUUUGUGGUACUGCUGAGUAUCUUGCGCCAGAGAUCCUAAAGCAAGAACCUUACACGUAUGCCAUUGAUUUUUGGAGCCUUGGGAUGAUCCUCUAUGAGAUGUUGGAAGGAAUCACACCAUUUUAUCACGAAGAACAUGGGGAAAUGUAUCGGCGGAUAUUGGAAGAUGAUCUCGAAUUCACGGAUGCGUUUGAUGAUGUAUCUCAAGAUUUCAUUACCGGUUUGUUAUGGCGGGAUGAGCAUAAACGAUUGGGUACAGGGCCCAAUGGACCCAUCAUCAUCAGAUCCCACCCUUACUUUGCUUCCCUUGAUUGGUCCGACGUGUAUCACAAACGGAUCCCUCCCGAAUAUGUUCCCCACCUUCGCUCGGAAACAGACUUGAGCAAUUUUGACAGAGAUUUUCUCAACAUGACACCAAGGCUUACCCCUGUUUCCAAUACCGAUCUCCUCACCUCGUCGAUUCAAGAAGCGUUUCAAGGUUACUCAUACAUCAAUGACACAAGCAGCUAUGGUUCCUCAAGUAAUGCCGGCAUUUCACUCAUCGGAAGUCGUUCCGAUAAUGACGACAAUCGCUGUUACUACUAUUAUUCUGACAGCGAUAUUCAACCCGACGACUAUCAUCGCGACACUAGCCUGGGGCGUGAUGAGGGAUACUCGGCCCCAUCCUUAUCCAGCAAUUUCUCUCAGCAACUCAACUAG